AGAUACUGACAACCAACGGGUGAUUAUACACGUUCGCGAUGUGAACGAUGAGCCUCCGUACUUCAUCAACCGUCCUCUGCCGAUGCAGGCAGUCGUGCAGCUUAAUGCACCACCAAACACACCUGUCUUCACUCUCCAGGCUCGAGAUCCUGACACGGAUCACAACAUUCACUACUUUAUCGUCCGAGACCGAACGGGAGGACGAUUUGAGGUGGAUGAACGAUCUGGAGUGGUCAGAACUAGAGGUACAGAUCUCUUCCAAUUAGACAUGGAAUAUGUAUUAUACGUGAAGGCUGAAGACCAAAAUGGAAGAGUAGAUGACAAGAGAUUCCAGAGUACUCCAGAGGAAAGGCUGUCGAUUGUUGGUGGUAAAAGAGCACCGCAAUUCUAUAUGCCCAGUUAUGAAGCUGAGAUUCCGGAAAAUCAGAAAAAGGACUCAGACAUAAUCUCGGUGAAAGCAAAAUCCUUCGCCGAUAGAGAAAUCCGCUACACACUGAAAGCUCAAGGGCAAGGUGCUGGCACAUUCAAUAUUGGACCCACAUCUGGUAUAGUGAAACUGGCCAAAGAAUUGGACUUCGAAGAUCUGAGGCAGCCACAUGUCUAUUCUUUGGUUGUAACUGCAACAGAAGAUUCCGGUGGAUUUUCCACUUCUGUUGAGUUAACCAUCCGUGUGACCGACGUGAACGACAACGCUCCCAAGUUCGAGCUUCCUGACUACCAAGCACACAACGUCGAUGAAGACAUACCACCUGGAACCAGCAUCUUGAAGGUUAAGGCGAUGGAUGCCGAUAGUGGUACCAAUGCCGAAAUAGAGUACUUUGUGUCAGAUGAUCACUUUAGCGUGGACCCCAGCGGGAUUAUAUCCAAUAAUAAACAGUUGGAUGCCGAUAAUAACAAUGCUAACUAUGAGUUCAGUGUUACUGCUAAGGAUAAGGGAGAACCAUCGAAAACUGGAACAGCGACGGUGAGAGUCUACACAAAGAACAAAAAUGACGAAGAACCCAAGUUUUCGCAGCAAGUAUACACCCCAAACGUGGACGAAAACGCUGGUCCAAAUACUCUAGUAACUACUGUCGUAUCCUCAGAUAAAGAUGGUGACAAUGUGAGGUUUGGUUUUGUUGGAGGAGGCACCACUGCUGGACAAUUCGUUAUUGAGGAGAUUACUGGUGUCAUUCGACUUCACAAUAAGCCCAUAUCGCUAGAUAGAGAUAAGUAUGAGCUAAACGUGACCGCGAUGGAUGAUGGAUCUUGCUGCGUCAACGGCGAUACUACAAUACACACCAGUACCGCCGUUGUGGUAGUGUUUAUCACAGAUGUUAACGAUAACAAACCCAUCUUCAAAGAUUGUGGAACGUAUUACCCAAAGGUUGAAGAAGGUGCUCCAAACGGCUCCCCAGUGAUCAAAGUCCACGCAACAGAUGAAGACAAGGGCGUAAAUGGUCAAGUGAAGUACUCAAUCGUCCAGCAACCCAACCAGAAGGGCACAAAGUUUACAGUCGACGAGGAAACUGGUGAAGUCUCAACCAACAAAGUGUUUGACAGAGAAGGAGAUGACGGCAAGUUCGUGUCGGUCACAGUGAAAGCCACAGAUCAGGGAGAACCGUCAUUGGAGGGAGUCUGUUCGUUUACAGUGGAGAUUACGGAUGUUAAUGAUAAUCCACCCUUGUUCGACAGACAGAAAUACGUGGAAAACGUGAAACAAGACGCCAGCAUAGGCACAAACAUCCUGCGUGUUUCCGCUUCUGAUGAAGACGCUGACAAUAACGGCGCCAUCGUGUACACCCUCAAUUCUGGCUCUAACCCUGCUGAUCUCGAUUAUUUCGAGAUACAACCUGAGUCUGGAUGGAUCGUGCUGAGAAAACCCCUGGACGUAAGUAUUUUGUCAACUAUGACAUCUGCGGGAAGUUUUACAUGGAAGAUUUUGACAUUUUUCAACUGGAGGUGACGUUGAAACCAAAGUGCAACAACUGUGGUGGAUCGAAAGUAUUGGUUCGGU